AAACCGUCUAUGUCGGGCGAACUUUGUGUAAUUUCUGCUUUUUCGCUGUUGAAAGCCUUUUAGGCUUCAAAGCGCGGCAAAAAUGGUGGAAAAUGGCUAUGAGAACACGAAACUGAUUCACCACGAGCUGAAAAACGCUAAUUUGACAGCUCAUGAAGACGAAAAGGUUGGACUGGAGAAUUUUGAGCUUCUCAAAGUUCUUGGAACGGGAGCAUAUGGAAAAGUUUUUCUCGUUCGUAAAAGAGGUGGCUACUUCACCGGGAACCUAUACGCCAUGAAAGUGCUGAAAAAGGCUACGAUCGUUCAGAAAGCGAAGACAGCUGAACAUACUCGCACUGAGCGACAAGUCCUGGAAGCAGUUCGCCGGUGUCCAUUUCUUGUCACAUUACACUGGGCUUUUCAAACAGAAUCAAAACUACAUUUGAUAAUGGAUUAUGUGAAUGGAGGCGAACUUUUCACCCACUUGUAUCAACGAGAGAAGUUCACAGAAGACGAAGUUAGAAUAUACAUUGGAGAAAUUAUUAUUGCUAUCGAACAUCUUCAUAGGCUCGGUAUAAUUUACCGUGACAUCAAAUUAGAGAACAUCCUAUUGGACUCUGAUGGGCAUGUGGUGAUCACAGACUUUGGGCUGAGCAAGGAGUUUUCAGCGCCUAACUCGGGCGAGAGAGCUUAUUCAUUCUGUGGAACAAUUGAGUACAUGGCCCCUGAAGUUGUCAAAGGUGGUAGUAGAGGGCAUGAUAAGGCAGUGGACUGGUGGAGUCUGGGUGUUCUCAUGUAUGAAUUGCUCACGGGAGCCUCACCUUUUACUGUUGAUGGCGAGAAAAAUAGUCAGUCUGAGAUUUCUAAACGAAUUCUGUAUAACAACCCGCCCAUGCCAGCAGACAUUUCAAGAGAAGUUGUGGAUUUACUUCUGAAGCUUUUGCAGAAAGAUCCAAAAGUGCGACUCGGAGCAAAGGGAGCCCAAGACAUAAAGGAUCAUCCUUUCUUCAAGGUUGAUGCAAUUGAUUGGGGGCUGCUGGCUGAGAGGAAGAUUGCUGCUCCCUUUAAACCUCGCAUUGGAUUUGAAACUGAUGUGAGUAACUUUGCAGAAGAAUUCACAGACAUGGUCCCCACAUAUUCACCAGCAGCCAUACCUAAGACUGCGGAUAGAAUUUUCAAGGGUUAUUCAUUUGUAGCACCCUCAAUAAUAUUUGGAGAAAAUGAAUUUACCAAGCGUCUGGUGGCAAACAAACCCUCAGAGCACAGACCAGCUCCAGGUGCUGUAGAUUAUGCAGCUUUAUUUGAGGAUUCUCCUUUUUUUCGAAACUAUGCUAUUAGUGAUGAAGUUCUUGGUGAUGGAAGUUUUUCAACUUGUAGAAAAUGUGUCCACAUUAGAACUAGGGUUGCGUAUGCAGUGAAAGUUGUGAGCAGAAGGCGUGAUCAUAUCCGGGAAGAACAGUCUCUAAGAAUCUGUCAAGGUCAUCCUAAUAUUGUGCGACUGCAGGAGGUGUUUCAGGAUGAUUUCCAUACCUAUUUAGUUUUGGAAUUACUUGGAGGUGGAGAGCUCUUGGAAAGAAUACGGAAAAAGAAAAAUUUUUGUGAAGUGGAAGCAAGCAACAUAAUUAGAAAAUUAGCCUCCGCUGUGGAAUUCAUGCAUGGCCGAGGAGUUGUACAUAGAGAUUUAAAACCUGAGAACUUACUGUUUGUAGAUAAUUCAGAGGAUGCAGAACUAAAAAUUGUGGACUUUGGCUUUGCAAGACUUAAGCCAGAAAAUCAACCCUUAAGGACGCCUUGCUUCACGGCGGCUUAUGCUGCACCUGAAGUAAUCAGCCAAACUAUGAACAGAAGUGGCUAUGAUGAAUCAUGCGACUUAUGGAGUCUUGGAGUUAUAAUGUACACCAUGUUGUCCGGUCAGGUACCAUUCCAGAGCAGUCGUAGCUUUAGAUCUUCAGAUUUCAUCAUGCAAAGAAUAACACAUGGUGACAUCAGAUUUGAAGGGCAGCAGUGGGAGUCAAUAUCACCAGCUGCAAAAGACCUCAUCAAAGGGCUUUUAACAGUGGAUCCAAGCAAGAGAUUAAAAAUUAGAGAAGUUGUGAACCACGAGUGGCUUAGGGGUGGUACAUGUCUGCCCCAUACCCCUCUCAUGACCCCAGGAAUUUUGGGCAAAGGACAUAAAAGGACUUACGUGGAGUCUGCAUUAAAUGUAACAUAUGAUGCUUUUAACAGAGCACAUAAGGAGGGAUUUACCUUAAUGGAUGUGCAACAAGCGCCACUUGCCAAGAGACGGAAAAAGAACAAGACAACGUCAACAGAGAGUAGGUCUACCACAAGUAGUGAUCUAAGCAACAGUGGAGGAACAUCCCCCUUAUUAAAUCCAAGAUGACACUGGUCACUCAAAUGGUAAAUUUUUUUUGAAUAAUUUCGAACUUGUUACAAAUGGAGAAAAACUGUAGAUAUGGCACACUGUGAGUGAUGCAAAUACCGUGUAAGAAUGAAUGAAUUGCAGUUUGUAUGACUGAUAGUAUAAUUUGUUAAUAAAAUAUUUUAAGAAUAAUAGCAAUAUUAAGUUCACUUGGAAAUGUAGUUUGAAGGUGGAUGUUAAACAAUUUGCUGUUGUGGUGAGAAUGAAAUUUUAUAAUUUAUUGUGUGAUAUGAGUUUUUGUAGUGCACAAGGUUGCAUUUUAACAAUUUUUUUUUAGAAAACACACUCAAAUAAUUUGCAAUACAUAAUGACAAGAUUUUGGGGUACUUUAUAAUUACUAGUCAAGAUUGGUUGGGGACACAAAUUUCUUAAAAUUGUAGUGUAUAUAACAGUAAGUUAUUAUUUCUUGUAAUAGGACUGAAAGUAAUGUUACAAUGGCAUCCAUUGGAAUCCUCAUUAUAAUAGUUAUUAGUAAUACUUGUUCUUAUGACUAUGCUGUAUGUCCAUAUAAAAGCUCUUGUCAAGAUUUUUUUUUUCAAAUAAAUGUUUGGGUGCACAGUAGAGCAAAAAAUUAUAUAGAGGUAUUGUAGUUGACCUGAAAGUUAUGACUCACCAACUGGUAGAAAUUGCUAGCCUUCUCCCUCUCUUCAGAAGUUCUUGAAAUGGAAUUCUUACCCUUUCCUGCCCAAGGGAAAUGCCAAAUUUUUUCUAAAAUGAGAGUAAUGAACCACAAGAUAUAGACCAUGUAUAAGAUAUCAUUUUAUAGGUUUUUUUGGGGUGCAUGCUAUUAAGGACACCAACAGAUGUAGAGGAGGUAACUGAAAGACUGUCUGAGAAGUGUCCAAAGUGUAGAAUAAAAAACCUUGACAUUUUU